AUGUUUUCUUUAGCGAUGGAAGCAAUGAGAAGAGGCAUGAGGGUAGUGGGUUCUAUGCAGUUACUAGAUGUCAUAAAGCAAAGAGUCCAAGAGUCUCUUGACAUAAAUGUGAGCGAUCACCUCCAAUUCGUGUUAGGCACGAAGUCAGGAAUGGUCACCGCUAUUGUUACUGCAGUCAGGCAGUUACUGGGAUCCUCCACACUAUCUUUCGGGAAAGCAUAG